UCUAGAUUGGAUAGACAGUGGGGAAAUGUGUUCUCCCUUUCAAAGGAACACGGUGCCGCCCCUCGUUUUCCUGCUUCCCAGACCCCAGAGUCACGGACCUCCGUCUUUCCACUCUCAGGACGCGGAAGCUGAGGGGGCGGGACCCGGCCUGGGAUUGGCUGUUGCCUGCCGACCCCCCCCCCCCCUUCCCUGCUGUCCAGUCGCGCUCCCCCGCAGGCGCCUGCGCAAUGGGCCGGCCUUAGGGGGCGGGAAGCGCCCGGGGGCAGUGGAGCCCAUGUCGGCCUUGAGGCGCUCGGGCUACGGCCCCAGUGACGGUCCGUCUUAUGGGCGCUACUACGGGCCUGGGGCUGGAGAUGUGCCCGUACACCCACCUCCGCCCAUAUAUCCUCCCCGCCCCGAACCCCCCCAGCCUCCCAUUUCCUGGCGAGUGCGCGGGGGCGGCCCGGCUGAGACCACCUGGCCGGGAGAAGGCGGAGGAGGCGAUGGCUACUAUCCCUCUGGAGGCGCCUGGUCGGAGCCGGGUCGGGCUGGAGGAGGCCACCAGGAGCAGCCACCGUAUCCUAGCUACAAUUCCAACUAUUGGAAUUCUCCUGCCCGACCUCGGGCUCCUUACCCAAGUACAUAUCCUGUAAGACCGGAAAUGCAAGGCCAGAGUUUGAAUUCUUUUACAAAUGGAGCAUAUGGCCCACCAUACCCCACUGGCCCUGGGACAAAUACUGCCUCAUACCCAGGGGCUUAUUACACAUCUGGGUAUGCUCAGACCAGUUACUCCACAGAGGUUCCAAGCACUUACCGUUCACCUGGCAACAGCCCAACCCCAGUCUCUCGUUGGAUGUAUCCCCAGCAGGACUGCCAGACUGAAGCAGCCCCUCUUAGGGGGCAGGUUCCAGGAUAUCCUGCUUCACAGAACCCUGGAAUGAGCGUGCCCCAUUAUCCUUAUGGGGAUGGUAAUCGUAGUGUUCCACAACCAGGACCAACUGUACGAUCCCAGGAGGACUCCUGGGCUCCUCCGGGUGCUUACGGCAUGGGAGCCCGUUACCCCUGGCCUUCAGCUGCCCCCUCAGCACCACCUGGCAGUCUCUACGUGAGCGAGAGCGCUUCAUCAUGGCCGAGCAGUGGCUCUCCUCGGCCACCUCCCUCCCCGCCAGCCCCACAGCCCAAGGAUUCCUCAUACCCCUAUAGCCAGUCAGACCAAGGUAUGAACCGGCACAACUUUCCUUGCAGUGUCCAUCAGUACGAGUCCUCGGGAACAACGAACAAUGAUAAUUCAGAGCUCUUGGAUUCCCAAGUCCAGUAUAGUGCUGAGCCUCAGCUGUAUGGUAAUGCCACCAACGAACAUCCCAGCAAUCAAGAUCAGAGUAAUAAUCUUCCUGAAGAGUGUUUAUCUUCAGAUGAAGGGACUCCCGCAAGUAUUAAAAAAAUCAUACAUGUGCUGGAGAAGGUCCAGUAUCUUGAGCAAGAAGUAGAAGAGUUCGUAGGAAAAAAGACAGACAAAGCAUACUGGCUUCUGGAAGAAAUGCUAACCAAGGAACUUUUGGAACUGGAUUCAGUUGAAACUGGGGGCCAGGACUCUGUCCGGCAGGCCAGGAAAGAGGCUGUUUGUAAAAUCCAGGCCAUACUGGAAAAAUUGGAAAAAAAAGGAUUAUGAAGGGAUUUAGAACAAAGGGGAAGCCUGUUACUAACUUGACCAAAGAACUCUUGAUUUUGGUUAAUUACCCUCUUUUUGAAAUGCCUGUUGAGGAGAAGAAGCAAUACAUUCCAACUUUCCUUUGAUAUAAAACUUGAAAAACUGGUAAAGGACUUGGAAGAACAGUUGGGUUAUGAGUUGUUUUCAGUUUUCAGACCAAUGAAUGUAAUAGGAAGUUAUGGAGUUACCAGUAUUGCCAAGUAGUCUCACCCCUUAAGAAAUUUAUGGGUAUCUGCAAGCUGCUUCUUAUCAGCAGGAGGGAAAUCCACCUUAUGUAACAGGCUUAUCAGAAACCUACCGGAUAAGACUGGAUGUUGUCUGAGACAAACAGGCUCUGUUUUUUUAAACAUCUGGAUUACUUGUCACAUUUUUGUACAUUGUGACUGCUUUCACCGUACACUUUGUGUGUAAAUUACAGCUUGGACUUUAGCCUUCUUGGACCUCUGUUUCGUUUUGUUACUUGUAGUUCACAAAUAUAGUGUUAUUCUCUACUUCUUGGUACAUUUUGUAGUAAUAUGUUUAAUAUAAUUACUCAAGAGACUAUACUGACAGCCAGAUAGUAUGGCAGUUCUGGAUGAAUUUAUAUCUUUUCACCACUUGAAUAUAUUGCACUGUGUAGUGAGUUCCUGAGGUAGAUUGUCUCCUUUUUUGUAUAGAUCAUUAGGUUAGAGUUUUACCACUUCUAUUUUUCAUGUUACUAUUGGAAGGUUAAUUUGGAAAUGGCAUGGGUAUAGGAAUGAAAAUGGGGCUAUUUCCUUUUUCGCUGUCUUAAUCGUAUUUGGAUGAAGAUCCACUUUAAAAUUUCCUUUCUUCCCCCUUAAUUAUCUUUUUACUACAGCUGCUUCCAUAUGGAGCAGUGUGAUGAACACAGAUUAAAAAUUAAAUGCCACAGCACGUAGAAAUAAUAACUGCAAAAGUAGUAAAUACAACCAUUUGGGAAUGCUGUUCUCCAUCUAAAAUAUUAGCUUCACCAUCAGGAUCCCUAUGAGCAGAUUUCAGCUCAGUGUAUCUGCUCAGUUUACAGUAAGAAACAACGAGGGUAAAAGAGGAUUCAUGCUCAGGGAAUGAAUCAGCCAUAGCUAGAGUGGGAAAUUGUGUUCUUCUUUUAAAGGUAGAUUUGAUGUUUAUCUUUGUUUCCCUAGAAUAAAUUGCAUAGACAGUAUUGCCUGUUUUAUAAGAAAGAUGUUUACCAUCACUAAUAACAGUCAUUUUAGAGCCAGAUUUAAGGAAGGGAUAUUGAAAGGGUCUUAGCUGGAUUUGCUUGGGUAGCUCUAUGCUAUCAUGUAGAAGAGACUUAGGUAGAUAACUUACUUUUUUCAUCUGAAGUGAGUUCCAGUAUGCAGUAUCUGUUAUUGGAAAAACUGCUGUUUCUUAAUAAGAUAUCCAAGUGAUUUUUUUUCUUGACUGCCAGGCCUAUUAACAAGAAAAUAAAUCCAGCCAUCUCCUCUCCUUAUAAAAAAAACCAAUACAAACAUAUUAUAUGACGAGAAGAAGUAAAGUAAAAAUAUUGGCCGGGUCUUAGGUUGGUAUGAGUGAUUUUAUGAGAUAAUAUGGUGGUGACAAUUUUAUUCUAGGAUUUUUAUUUUUGGCCUAAUAUAAGAAUGUUACAAAAGGCUUUUCUAUGAAAAUUUAAAAGUUAUACUUGAAACUAAAUAUUUAGAAGGGGGAGAACCUUAAAGCUGAGUUAACAUAAACCAGUGAGACAAUGACUAAUACAGGAGAGAACACUAUUUUUUAACUGAGUGCCCAAGAUACCAAUUUCCCUGAAGUCUUGAUUUUUUAAUCUAUAAAUCACACAUUAUACACACACACAUAUAUAUGUGUGUGUGUAUGUUUUUUAACAGUUUUUUUUUUUUAGUUUUGAGAUAAUUUUAGACCUCCUGAAGAGUUGCAAAAACAGCGGUUUCUGUAUGCUCUACGCUCACCUUCCCUUUAUAUUAACAACUUACAUAGCUGUAGAACAUCUGUCAAGUUAAGAAAUUAGCCUUGAUAUAAUGCUGUUAACUAAAGUAGAGAGUUUUGAAAGUAGAGAUUUUCUAGUCUUUUCACUAAUGUCCUUUCACUGUUUCAGGAUCCAAUCCAGGAUCCUGCCUCGCAUUUAGUUGUCAUGUCAUCAUAGCGUCCUCCGAUCUGUGACAGUGUAUCUUGACACCUGAUGCGGUAAUGUAUUUCUGGUGUUAUUAACCUUAGCCACUACCUGAGGUGGCGUCUGCUAGGACUCUCUGCUGUAAACUUACUAUGCUUUCCUUUGUAAUGACUGAAUGUUUGCUAGAGAUAAUGUGAGCUAUGCAAAUGUCCUGUUUCUGCUUAAACUUUUGCCCACUCAUUUUUGUAUCCACUGGCAGAUCUUGCUUGUUACUACUGUGGUGUUCGAAUGUGACUUUGUUUCUCUUAUUCCUUCUACAUUUAUUAAUUGGAUUCUUUCUGUAAGGGAGGGCUAUUGCUUCUGGAUUUAUAAUUUUAAUUAUAAUAAGAUAUUCAGGAUAAGUACAGACUUAGAACUUAAAGGUGUAAACCAUGUUAAAAUGAUUCCAAAUGCCAAUAUCAAGGAAAGGAAAACUAAAUUGCAACCUGUUCCAGAAAAUAUAGUGAAUAUAAGAAGGAAAAUAGUAUUCAUUUUUUUGUGGAUAUGAUUCAGUUCUUAGUAUUGACUCUAGACUGAAUUCAAAUUUUUUUUGGUAUUUCACAUCUGGACUUUUAAAAAGUGUCUAAGUUUAAUAUUACUUUGGGGAUAAUUUCUGUCAAACUCUUGAAUAAAGUUAUCCGGAUCUGGCAUGUUAAACACAGCUAUGUUCUCUAUAAUAAGCCACUAUUGUUCCAAAUAUAAACGCCAAUGUAAAUAUUUAGAUGAAUUUAAGUCCCAGUGAAGUAUUAGCAGGAUGGGCUGGUCUCUACAUUGUUGGUGGGGAAUUCUUUAAAGUGCUUUGAAAAAUGGGGUUUUGAAAACAGUUCUGUAGUUGGUUAAUGUAAUACCAUUAGAGGUGGGAAGAUUUUUUUUUUAAGUUGAAGAAUAUGGAUUAAAUUGGCGUUAAAAAAAGUUUUUUGGGGGAUGGAUACUUGAUGACUGGAGUUUUUCAUCCUUUUUUCUUUUUAAAAAAGUUAUGAGUUUGAAGACUCAAAUAAUUCUAUGGAAGUUAGCAAUUUAAAGAGUCAAUUCUGGGACUCCCCUGGCGGUCCAGUGGUUAAGACUUCACCUUCCAAUGUAGCAGGUGCGGGUUUGAUCCCGGGUCUGGGAGCUAAGAUCCCACGUGCCUCGCGGCCAGAAAACCAAAACAUAAAACAGAAGCAAUAUUGUAACAAAUCCAGUAAAAACUUUAUAAAAAUGGUCCACAUCAAAAAAUAAAAAAAAUCUUAAAAAAAAGUCAGUUCUAUGAAAAGGAGCACUCUUCUGUUCCACUCCCAUUUUUCCUUCGACAAAAGUAACUACUUUCAAUUGAGUUUUUUAAAAAAAUUAUCUCCAUAUUUUUUUAAUAACACAGUUGUAUUGCUCCCUUUUGAUUUAUCAGCUUUAGGUCAUUUCUACUGAUUUUCUGUUGUAGAGGAUGAAGGUUAGGUCUCUCUGCCUCUACCCUACACACAUCCCAGCUCUCAUCCCUCCAAUUUCUCAAUCCACUUAUAUGGUAAUUCUGUUGUACGUUAUUAUACUAUGUAAAUGCUGCCCAGAGCUCAGUCAUGCAGUAAACUGUUUACUUUUCUUUUCCUGAACAACUCCUUGUUUUCUCUGGAAUGAAUCAUUUGUCAUACUUAUUUUGUUUGCCUAUGUGCUUAUGACUGAUUUGACCUCAAACCCUCCAUCAUUUGUCUAAGUCUUCUCGUAAGAUGCCCAGACACAUUUUAUCAAUUUUAGGCUCCUGAAGAAGCGUUCCUGGAGCCCUCUGACUGCAGCACUGUUUCCCUCAAUGGUAACAUCUUGCAAAACUGUACUGUGAUGUCACCGCCAGGAUAUUGACAUCGAUAUGGUCAAGAUACAGAGCAGUCCCGUCAGCACGACUCUUCCUCCCGUUGACCUUUCACAGCCGCACCUGCUUCUCCUUUCCCACCGUGCUAAACCCCUGGCAACCACUAAUCUGUUCUCCAUUUCUAAAUUUUGUCAUUUUGAGAAUGCUAUAUAAAUAGUAUUGUAUAGUAUGUAACCAUUAGAGAUCGUUUUUUUUUUUUUUUCCACUCAGCAUAACUCUCUUGACAUUCAUCCAAGUUGUUUCCUGUAUCUGUAGUUCUUUUUUAUUGCUAAGUAGUAGUCUAUGAUGUGGAUGUACCACGGUUUGUUCAACCAUUCACCUCUUGAAGGACAUAUGGGUUGUUUCCAGUUUGGGCUAUUAUGAAUAAAGCUGCUAUGUACAUUCAUGUA